UAACUGUCCCUGUUGAAGCCCCCAGCAGGGCUGCAGCCAGAACUGAGGCACUAGCAGGCAUGUAAAGCUGGUCAUGCAUCUACGCUGCUUGAUACAUUUCGAGCCCAGUAACAGAAGAGCCUUCCUGAGAUUGCUGUCACCAUACUUGCCUGUCACCUUCGCAAGGUUGGCCAGUGUGGCUGAGGCUCCAGAGAGCUCAGGAACCUCUUUCGGGACUCACAGAAACCUACACCCUGGUGAUGGCACACAGGGACUGUUUUCUUGUUCUUAGUCUAAAUGGCUGCCAAGAAGGAAGGCAAAGGUAGAAGAGUCGGAUCUCGGGCUCUCCCCAGAGCUUCUAAUCUCAGACCUUAUUAAACUCCUUUCUGAACCCAAGGACAAAGCUCACUUGAACAAAUGAUUUUGAGUCAUGAAUGAAAAGUCUUGCUCUUUCCAUAAUGAGAAAGAAUUAAGAGAUGGACAGGUUGAAAGUGUGUCUGCUGGGUGUCUUCCACCAUGUGACGAGGACAACAGUGCUCUUCUGGCUUUCAGGGGAAUUCCUCUGCCCUUACAGAUCUCAGAGUUGAAGAACCACGGCAUCCUCCAGGCCCUGACGGCAGAAGCAAAUGGCUGGGAGCCGGCUGUUAUGAAUACAGAGGUGCUCCGAGCCCAAGAAGAAUGGGAAGCUGUGGACAGUAUCCAGCCAGAGACAGCAGGGAGCCGGGCCAGCUCAGACCAGCCUGGGCAGCUAAUCUCUUUCAGUGAGGCCCUCCAGCAUUUCCAGACCGUGGACCUCUCUUCCUUCAAGAAAAGAAUCCAGCCAACGAUCCGAAGGACCGGGCUUGCUGCCCUCCGGCACUGCCUCUUCGGGCCUCCAAAGCUCCACCAGGGCCUCCGUGAAGAAAGGGACUUGGUCCUGACCAUCGCUCAGUGUGGCCUGGAUAGCCAAGACCCAAUGCACGGCCGAGUCCUCCAGACCAUCUAUAAGAAGCUGACCGGCUCCAAGUUUGACUGUGCCCUCCACGGAGACCACUGGGAAGAUCUGGGCUUUCAGGGAACAAAUCCAGCCACGGACUUGAGAGGAGCAGGCUUCCUUGCCCUCCUGCAUCUCCUGUACCUGGUGAUGGACUCAAAGACCUUGCUGAUGGCCCAGGAGAUUUUCCGCCUGUCUCGUCACCAUAUCCAGCAAUUCCCCUUCUGUUUGAUGUCCGUGAACAUCACCCGCAUCACCAUCCAGGCCUUAAGGGAGGAAUGUCUCUCCAGGGAGUGUAACCGGCAGCAGAAGGUGAUCCCGGUGGUGAACAGCUUCUACGCCGCCGCUUUCCUCCGCCUCGCGCACGUCUGGAGGACGCAGCACAAGACCAUCUCUGACUCGGGCUUUGUCCUCAGAGAGCCUCUGGGUUGUGCAUUCCACAGCCCCCACAAGCCUCCUGCUCCCCAAUCCUCUCUGUUCCAGACUUGGAGGUGUUGGCCAAGAAGAGCCCCAGACGGCUGCUCAAGACCUUGGAGAUCUACUUGGCUGGAGUGUCAAAGGGACAGGCCUCCCUGUUGGGGGCGCAGAAGUGUGCUGGGCCACAAGCCCCUCCCUCCAAGGAUCUCACUUUCACAGGAGUGUGUGACCUGCCACCACACUCCUCUGAAGGCACAUGGCUGAUCUGACCAACCCCAGUGAGCGCCGCCGGAUCAAAAGCCUUGAAGGGGCUUUGUACCCUGGCACCGUUCUGCCCCUUGCGGCCCUAGCAGAAGGGAUGUAGGAAGCCUGUCGGGGGAGCCAAGGACCCUCACCUGCAUGAGACAUGAGGGGCUGUUAAAUUUGACCCACUCCCCGCAGACCUUCCUACAGAGCAAGGAAAACGUUGCCAUAAUCUUAGUUGGGCUACAGCUUCCAGAGUUGGGUCCUAGGUAAUUUCAGUGACAGAUCAUGAGGUGGGAGACCCCAUCUGGAUGUUCCACACAGCCCUACAUCAAAGAUAUUCCCAAGGAGAGGUGCCGGAAUUCUGACUCCCUGGCAGCGGGGCUUUCAGGCCUCAGGGGUCCACGGGACAGGGACCAGACAUGGGCUGAGUAGUUAGAAUGCGAAGGGAGAUGGCAGCGGUGGCAGCAGCUGACAGGGGGCAGCAUGAACCAGAGAGUGGACAUGGGCCUGCCUUCCUCACCAUCCCCUGGGGUCUCUGGCCUUGCACUUAUCCCGCCCUCACCUCUCCCCAUCCCUCCUCCCCACUGCUUGUGACACAGAGCCAGGCGCUGGGCUAGGUGUCUGCUGCCACCCAUCCUAACCGCCCACCAGCUGGGCUACCCCCGUGGAGGCCGUGCAGGCCCCAUCAGGGAUGGUUCUCUGGCCUGGGCGAGGGAAGGAGGAAAUUCACGUACCAGCGGUUUUUAAAUAAAAGAAUUCUUCUGGGUUAA